CAACAUGGCCGCCCAAGCAGCGUGAAUUAAAUAUAUAGAAUAUUUGGAGGGAAAAAUGGCUUUCGAUGGGAAUAAAGCUGAUGUAUCCAGUGUCGAUGGCAAGAGUUCGUCAGAAAGGCAAAGCAAAGACGCUGUAGUGUGUUAUUGUGCGAAAAAUAUAACUCCAAGCAUGUUAACUUGUUUAAAAUGUCAAAAACUAUUUCAUUCAACAUGUCUGAAAAAUGGUAGGCCAAGUAACUUCAAAGGCGACGUAUUCUUUGAGUUUACUUGUGCGAACUGCUCCAAUGUGGGUAAGGAAGAAUGCAAACGGAAGGCGAUGAACUGGCUUCAGGUCGUUUACUUGUCGUUAUACAAUUUGAUAUGCCGUGGAAGCGGAAGAAAAGGGUAUUUUCGAUGGAGGGACGAUUUGUGUCAAUUUAUCGAACAAAAUUGGAAUAUUUUUCACGUGGACAAGAAGAAGACAUCUUCAUGGUGUAGUACGGUUGCAGGAACGCUCUCCACAAAUUGUCCGAAGAUUUUCAAAAGCGGGCAAAAGGAGUUCAAGGAGGGUGGAUGGUGGACAUUGCAGGAGGUGCUCCCCCCGUCUGAGAAACCGGAGGUCAUGACGCCUGGUUUGAAUCCGAGGCGGAGAAAGAAAGGUGGGAAUACGCGGACGGGGGAGGUGAAGGCGAACAUAAAAAAGCGGAGAGUGGAGAAGGCAAAUGAUGAAAUUUUGGAGAAUGGAAUGUUGGAGAAAAAUCACAAAGCGGGUAAACUUUCUGAAAAUGUUAAAAUUUCAGAGUCCGAGAAAGAGCGUGGGACACAAGGGAAUCGAGUUAACAGUGUUUCCGAAAGUUCUGACAUUACCGAGCAGAUCAACACAUUCUUGGAAAGUAAUGGCGAUAUCUCGGAAUUGGACAUUGGCGAUAUUGGAGCGAUGGACGAGAUCUUGGAUAGUUUUGAGAACACGAGCGAUGAAUCGUUGCUUUCCAGUUUUACUCAAGCGAAUGAAAACGCCGAGGCAAAGUUUGCAGAUGUAGAGAAAACGACAAAUGGCGAGGAGGAAGAAGAGAGUGUGAUAGUUCUUGAUCCGAAAGAGUUGAACACCAACCAACCAUCGACCUCUAAGAUGGAGAUAAACAGUGAUAGUGAAGGUGAUGACAGCGAUGAGGAGGUUGCUAGUCAGGCGAAGAAUCUUCGGACUAUGGAACCACAGGAAGAAAGAUUACUACUGGAGAAAUUAAACAAGAUUGACUCCUCGAAUCCAACAGCUAGGCGUUUGCGGCGGAAACUUAUCAUUAACCAUCGAAAACGGCAAUGUGGGUUACCUGUGUUCGAUCUGGAUAAAGUGAUGCGAACUUCCAUAGAGAGUGUUUCACAUUACGUUCUACGAGAAGGUAAAUGCACUCCUGUAUUAAAACCAUCUUUCCAGAACCAAGAACAGGAGCUGGUUGUUACCAAACCUCGGAAGACAUCGCCUGUCAAACAUGAGAGGGUAUUAGAUCGUUUCAUGAUGCAACCAGUUUCGCAAAAACCUGUCAAACAGGUUAGCUUCUUGGGUCGUCUGAUUGGCUGCAAUCCCCGGUCGGUGAACCGGGCCAUAACGAGCCCGUACACCUCGCGGAUUUUGAAACCUUUCAUCCGGCGCGAUUUCGAAGCGACGCCGUUGAAACUGAAACUAUUGCGGGAAAUCUGCACGUGGUUUCGGAAACGGUUUCCGGACCACGAGCUCCCCCCGGUCGAAUUUGGUUCCAUAGACUAUUGCUACGUACAGCCGCAUCACAUUCCGGGGGUGAACGCGUUGUGCCGUGAAUUUUUCUGGCCCGGCAUCGAUCUAUCGGAGUGCCUUCAGUAUCCCGACUUCACUUGCGUUGUUCUUUACAAGAAACUCAUCAUCGGCUGUGCUUUUAUGGUGCCCGAUGUGAAAUACAACGAAGCUUACAUUUCAUUCGUUCUCGUUCAUCCCGAUUGGAGACGUGCAGGCAUUGGUUCCUUCAUGAUCUACCAUCUCAUUCAAACGUGUUUGGGUAAAGAUGUGACUCUUCACGUGUCUGCAAACAAUCCCGCCAUGUUGCUCUACCAGAAAUUUGGUUUCAAACCGGAGAGAUUCGUCGUUGGUUUCUACGACCGUUACUAUCCUUCUGAAGGACUGGAUUCCAAGCAUGCGUUCUUUCUUCGUCUUCAGAGAUGAGGGUGAUGACGCCACCGCGUCGGAACUCUCGUGUUGCUCGCAAUCAAUUAAUGUAAAUCGUUGGGUUGAAUUAUCAACUGUAAAGAAUGUUU